AUGCUGCUGUGCCCAGAUCAGCAGCAAACAAGGGUAGAUCUUUCUAUGGGAAUUUUGAGCCAGUGGGAUAAGGACUCUCUGCAGAGAAUUUUGACUGGGCAUGAAACAUGGCUCUACCAGUAUGAUCCCGAGUACGGCAGCGGCAGCGUGGGCGGCAGCGGGAAGAAGGUGAGGCGGAGAGUGCCCACCCUGGCCCAGCGGAGGGCGGCCAACGUCAGGGAGAGGCGCCGCAUGUUCAACCUGAACGAGGCUUUCGACAAACUCCGACGGAAGGUGCCCACCUUCGCCUACGAGAAGCGGCUCUCGCGCAUCGAGACCCUGCGUCUGGCCAUCACCUACAUCUCCUUCAUGACGGAGCUGCUCGCAUCGGAGCACGAUGACGUCGCCGCCGCCGCCACGGCCUCGGCCAACUCGGGUUCCCCCGCGACAGGAACCCGCGGGACACCCCACCGGGUCCCCGCGCCGCCCCCGCCCGUGCCCACGCGCCAUCACGAAUACACGGAGCUCACCCUGGUCAAGCGCUGCCCCCCGUACCCCACGCAGCUCACCGGCACCCUAAGGCUGGUCUACUGCUGGCGUGCUGAGGAGGCGCUCGUCGCCCUCCAGGUUACAAGCAAGGUCUCUGCUGCAAGAGCCUCCGGAUUACAAGCAAGGCCUCUGUUACAAGGGCCUCCGGAUUAA